AGCAUCACAAAUACACGACAACAAGGUGUUACAGCGCCAUUGCGAAAACGACGCGGUUUCGUUUCGGAGAACUCGCUUCAAACUGUUGCUGACUUGCUGAGCGAUGGAGAUCCUUAGCAGAACUACUGUGUGAUACAUUUUUACUAUGCUAAAGUAACUCUUGACAGAUUCAGAGCUCUGUUAAGCAGCUCGUGAGAUGAAGCAUUUCUUUAUAGCCCAUUAUUAUUAUUAGUCUUUGCUAAACUUCAAAUACAAGUCCAACUCUUUCGAAGACCAAGCCCACAAUCCUUCCCCGAUCAAGCCUCCAGCGUUUGCUACCCGGCGUUGACACAAUUUCAACAUUCAUAAGUGACGCACGCCGGGUCGAAAAUUCGGCCCGACGCGUCUUCUGCACACAGUCCACCUCAAUCGUUUAUGCACGCACGCGACAGAAUCGUCCCAAUUACCGUCGAUCGAGGACGAUUCAUCAUCGUGUCACUCACGGUGCGUCAACGGUGUUCCUUCGCUCGCUUGUUGGCGCACCAUCGCGCACAGACGCAAGCCAUUUGUGCCAGUGCACACCGCCACACCUAGCGAAAGCCUAUGGUUGUACAGAAAAACCCUAACCUUAAAAAUAAUCCGGCGUAAAAACGGGGACGGUUCGUUUCGUAUGGGAAGGAUUUUCCACAAAGAUGAUUUUGGUAAGUUGGUUGAUGGGAAGGUGCCGUUGAGGAAAAUGUCCACGUGCUGCUGCCACUGCCCACCACCACCGCCACCAACGAUGGACACGACUGUCGGUUGCUUCAACAAAUUUUCAAAAUAGCAAUCUAUCAACAAUAGUUCGCCAACGAGCCGGAAUGGUGGAAUGAUCCGCGACGGCAAACAAACGGUAGGGCAGGCUGUACGGAUGCAAAACGAAGAAAAACUCCUGCCCGAUCGUCAAAAUGCAUCCUGCAGUCCUUCGGGAGGAAUGUGGUCAGGUCUAAGAUGCUCCUCCCUCCGCCAUCCCCAAUGUCUCGAGUUUCCCCUGAACGAUCGUCUGACUGUCUGCACAUGCAAGGGUGGUGGCAGGGAUAGAUAGAUGAUUAUUCAUUUUUUCGCCCAGUUCCAUUGCCAACGUACUCCGUGCAAUAGUUAUUGUUAUGACUACGACCGCUUCCCCUUCACCGCAACCCCCCGCCCCAGGACACUUGCCGCAAUCCGAUCCGAUUCGGCUUAGACCUUUUCCCUUGUGAUGUGUCGCCGCCAGCGGCUUACACCGCAGCGAGAGUUGCGCCCGAUGCACUUCUGCAAAGCGUUAAGCGCUAAAGAGGAUAGUUUCGGUGCGCCAUUUUGUCAUCACAAAAGUAAUCCCUCGGCUAGUCGCCAUUGCGCGACCAUGCGACAGACAGUACAUGUCGUCGGUGGUCCGUUGCUGGUUAGCUCGAACAAUUUAGAGACUUAGGGCAGAGUAGUGAGUUCAGAAUUCGACCCAAGAACAAGUGAAACGUUCUGGCGAUGCUAUCGAGUGACAGUGUGAUCGGAACCGUGUGUUCCCAUUUUAGGUCUUCGACUCCGACAGGUGGUUUCGGCUGCAAUCAACUCCCGUUAUCACUAUGUAUUACUUCUUACCCAUCAGUGCCGAAGUUUUAGCAGUGUCGUGUUGUUUGUUUUCCUUUCCUUAGAAGUUAUCAUGUUCUGUGGAGGUGCAGUUAAGAAGCAAAACAGAUAAUUUAUGCACAGAAACGAAAUAUCGCGAGUGAAGACAACGCGUUUACAACGCGAGUGAAGACAACGCGUUUACCCAUGGCUGGGACGAGUGCAUCGCAAAUGAUACACACAUAAAAACUCCGUCACCCGAGGUUCCCUUUUUAGUGCUGGUUCCAUCCUCCAAAGCGAUCACAAAAUUGCGCAAAAUUAGCUCCAAAUUACACAUCACGCCCGGCGGUGAUCGUUUCGCAUACUCAAUCAGUUACCGUUACACGCGUGAUUGAGUGACGGAGGUGCUGGUGGUGGACCUGAUCAUCGUAGCACUGGGGAUCGUAGUGGUGGGGACGAACACGGUGACGACGACUGGAGCAAAAGCAUCAAAAAUGAUAAGACAAAAGUCCGAAGACUACCAUCUGGACGGGCCAGGACAGGGUGGUAACGGGGGCGGUGGGCCUGGUGGUGGAGAAGGACUCACAUCUCCCGGGAUGAAGCGCAAGAACGAGUCCACCUUUCGUCAGCUACAGAACGAUGUGAUGGGUAAGGCUCGCUCGACACUGAGCACGCUCGGCGACGUGUGGAAGACAAGCAAGAGCACACUGUCCGGCAGUGGUGGGACGUCAUCCGGCGGUGGAGGACAGAUGGCGGAACAGUAUCACGAUACCGGCGGUGGAGACGGUGGGUAUGAUGGGGGCGGCGGUGACAUGCAGGGCGGAGUUGAAGCACAAUUCUCCACACCUCCGCGAAGUCCGAAAUCGACUAAAGACAAGAGCUCGCUUGAUUUCUUCCUGUGGCCGAAGGGUAAGAGCAAAGAUGGAUCUUCCAAGAGCAGCCAGAAGAAGGAUAAAUCAUCCAAAGGCCAACCGACGAGCGGGUACGGUGGGGACUAUGAAUCGGGCAGUUCGAAAUCUCGCGGAACCAAAGAACCGUCGGGCACGGGUACGAUCCGCAAGCCCGGACCUGGGCCUGGAGGAUCUCGUGGAGCUCCGCCGAACCAUCAUCAGCAGCAACCCAUCACUUCCAACACCCAACAACAUUACCAGCAUUCGUCGAGGGCGAUGAAAUAUCGGUACGAUUACCCAGACGCCCCCGGUCAAGACUUCCGACAGCGGUCACUGGACGAAACGAGUGAGUACAGCAGAUCGAUGGAGGACAACAUGACGUAUGUAGGUCGUGACGAUCAAGGAGGCUCUUCCUCUGAUCGGUACGGUGAAUACUACUCCGAUAGUAAAGGACGACCCAAGUCAUACAACGAGAAGUAUUCCUCCCAGUACUAUGACUACUCGCCGGGAGGCUACGAUCACCAGCAUCCGUCAUCCUCCCGAUCCCAUACACGAUCUCAUCAACGAAAUGCGUACGACUACGAUGACCAGGAGGACCAAGAUGAUCUCGAUAUGCCGUCCAAUCAGGGACAGGGAGCAGGUACCAGCUCGACCACCGCUAGUCAAUCGAAUUUACGCAAAUCCACUGGAUCCGGCGGUCCGUCUGGCAACUCCAACACCUCUUCCAACGUAGCCGCUUCCCCACCCGUCCAAAAGCACAUCCUAUUCAACGAAGAAAACGACAUUCUCUACUUCAAAGAGAACCAACGCCCGUCAAAGACAAAAUCCCUCAACGAUCACCAAAGCCGGACGGAUAAGCAACAGCAGCUACAUUCAGGGACCGCGAGGACCCCCCAAAUCUGCGUCCUUAUCCCAAAGAUGGACACCAUCACCAUCAUCCCCAUCUCCAACAGCAGCAGCAACAACUGUCCCCAACGCAACCACUCCAACCAGCCCCAUCCGCACUGCGCAAAGUAUCUCGUGACGAACGACAGCAGCACCAGCAGCAGCAACAACAACAGCAACAGCAACCUCCCCAACAACGGUCAGCUCCAACGACUCCCUCCUCCGUGAGAACCAACGAACAUUAUACGAGCGACGUUAAAGUUGGAAAAGCUUUCCAGUACCGGUGCACCGCUCGGGAGCUCUGAGCAACAGCAACAACAGCAGCAGCAGCAGCAAUCGGAGUCUCCCAAGCCGAAGGGAAUCCAGAAGCAGUUUAGCACGAUUGUCAAUCUCCCCCGGGGAAUGAGCAGCACCUUGCCACGUGGCGGUGCCAUCGAGUACGGUUCCAAAGCCGAAAGUCGUACGGGUACGAUCCCAGAAGAAUCUACCGUUGGCGGAGAUGGUGAGAAGCGCACAACGGGACGGAAGAUUUGCUUCCAGGACGAACCAGUGGACGUGAGCGAACGUGUCAAGUGUCAAACCUUGCCUCGUACUGCAGGCCGCAGUUCCGUACGGACGUCGACGAUCAAGUCCACCACGGAACCGAACAUCGAUCCCAGUGUGAACGAAUACUUGGACACGGACAUGACCCUACCGCGCAGCGGGAGUCUUGAUUCGGACCUAGAGUCACAAGCCAUGCGGAUUGUUCGAACCGUUGGCCAAGCAUUCGAAGUGUGCCACAAGCUGACCAUACAGGACAGCGGAGACAACCUCGGUGACGAUCACUCCGAACUGUCACCGUGCGAUGUUUCCGAACAGGAUCGGUGCUCGGAUCGUAUAAGCGAGGACGACGAAAUUAAAAAAGAUCCGGCGAUAGCGUCACACCACGAUUCGCCCCGUUUGACACGACCGGACCAUCUGGAUCUGGCCCUGUUGGCUCCGGUACCAUCAUCUCCAGCCGCCACCAGCAGUACCAGUCUGCAGCGAUCGUCCACAGCACAGGAAAAGGAACCGCCCGAAGCAGUGGGAUCAUCAUCGUUGGCCAAAUCCUCCCCGCUGUCGGCAUCGCGCGAAAUGACGAACCUGCGGGACCAGCUCGAUCAGCAGCAGCAACAAACGCGCCAAGUGCUCGCCCAGUUGAUGCUCGUUCGUGAGCAGCUAAUCUCGGAAACGAACGCCCGCAUGGAGGCCCAGGCACGUAUCCAGCAGCUGCUGCAGCAAAAUCGUGAGCUAUUAGAGCACAUUGCAUCCCUCGGUGGCUAUCACGAACCGGACCGACCGGGACUGUCGGCUACCGCCAUCGGUAUCGCACCUCAGUUUUCCUACCUGCAGCAGCAACAACAGCAGCAACAGCAGCAGCAACAGCAACAACAGCAACAGCAACAACAACAGCAACAAUUGACUGAACUGUUAAAUCUCGGUGCGGCGGGCCUGAACUUCACGCCUGCCCUACAGCAACUGCACAAACUGCAAUCGUUGGCGGGUUUGGUCGCCGGGACAACACCCACCGCAGCCACCAACCCCCUAGCCGCCCAGCAGGAACUGUACAAGCUGAACCAAACACUUCUGACACAGCUUUCGGGCGGUGGCUUUCCCGGCCCAUUCUAUCCCGGUGCCAUUCCGACCAGCAUCGCCACGACCGGUGUCACGCCGGGUGGUGUAGCCGCAGCAGCAAACUUUAUGUUCACCAACCCGAAUGCGGCUGCGUACGGGGAGUGGGCUGGGGGAGGUGCCUCCGCCAGCAAACCACCGUCUGCAGAUAGUUCCAGCAAGAAUUCACCGACGGCAACUUCGUCCGGAUCGGGAAGACUUAUCGGUGGGGGAGGCUUUCUAGCGGACACUGGUCAACGCUCGAACCGUCCGUCUUAUGCGUCCUCCACUUCGACCCUGUUCGAUGAGCUUCGGUUGGCCCGCAGUCUGGAGAAGGGGAUGGAAUCGCUCCGGCUGGAUGAUGAUGGGUCGAGCCCAUUCAUCAAGCCACUGUCGCAGGUCGGCACGCUUACCACAAUCGAUCCGGACGGCAAGGUGAAAGUGGUGGUCCCGGUGAAUCCCGGCGAGCAGAUGGGCUGCACAACUAGUCACUCACAGCAGCAGCAGCAGCAGCAGCAGCAGCAACAGUUAGACAUUCCGGCGGUCGGACCAAGCCGGAAGUCGGCCUCCUUUUCCGAGCUACCGACGGGGACAGCGAGCGGGAGUUCGGGCGGCACUAGCGGCACGGCAAGCCAGGAAGGUAGCACCCGGAACGUUUCGAUACUAAAGGAUACAUCGCGCAGCAAGACAUCCAUUCCGAGCCUGGUCACGCUGAAGGUAACGGACGAGAGCGGUACCACGGUGACGAGGAAGCUACCGGCGACGCCCAGCUUCAUCACACGCAGCACCAGUGAGAAGGUGCCGAACCGCAGCCAGAUCAUGAGCCAGGUCCAGCGCACCCAGUGGGCCCGUCACACCACCAAGUGAAGCUGUGUGAGAGGCGAGAAGCCAGCCAGCAAUCGAGUCCCCGGAACCACAAAUUCUCGUUUACAACAUACUCUCCGCCAGUGUCGGCUUCUGUAAUCUAAUAGCGUGUAAUUAUGUCGACACAUUGACCCUCACGCCGCAACUAGAAGAAAAUGGCCUCCGUAAGGCAUCGUCGGAAGCGUACGCGUCGCGUCGGGAGAAAGAAAACGGAGCCAGAAGUACUUGUAAAUAUUAGCAACAAUUUCAAAUUGAACGCUCAUGAUGACAUAUAAACGGUGAUGGUAAUGAUGAUUAGCAAAUAAAGGUUCAAGGUUAAUUUAACAAAAAA